CCGGCCUCGCCUGGCCUGGCUGAGGGGAGGCGGCGGGCGGGCGCGAUGGCGGAGGCCGGGCCACAGGCGCCGCCGCCCCCGGGGACUCCAAGCCGGCACGAGAAGAGUCUGGGACUUCUCACCACCAAGUUCGUGUCGCUCUUGCAGGAAGCCAAGGACGGCGUGCUUGACCUCAAGCUGGCAGCCGACACUCUUGCGGUGCGCCAGAAACGGCGGAUCUACGACAUCACCAACGUGCUGGAAGGCAUCGGUUUGAUCGAGAAGAAAUCCAAGAACAGCAUCCAGUGGAAGGGCGUCGGGCCAGGUUGCAAUACCCGGGAGAUCGCUGACAAGCUGAUUGAGCUCAAGGCAGAGAUCGAGGAGCUGCAGCAACGGGAGCAAGAACUGGACCAGCACAAGGUGUGGGUGCAGCAGAGCAUCCGGAAUGUCACUGAGGACGUCCAGAACAGCUGCUUGGCCUACGUGACUCAUGAAGACAUCUGCAGAUGCUUUGCUGGAGAUACCCUCCUUGCCAUCCGAGCGCCAUCGGGCACCAGUCUAGAGGUGCCCAUCCCAGAGGGUCUCAAUGGCCAGAAGAAGUACCAGAUUCACUUAAAGAGCAUGAGUGGGCCUAUCGAGGUGCUGCUAGUGAACAAGGAGGCCUGGAGUUCACCACCCGUGGCUGUACCCGUCCCUCCCCCUGAUGAUCUACUCCAGAGUCCACCUGCUGUUUCUACACCUCCACCUCUGCCCAAGCCUGCCUUAGCUCAACCCCAAGAAUCGUCUCCUCCAAGCAGCCCCCAGCUAAAUAUGAGUGGUAGCCCUGGAACUGAGAACAAGGACAGUGGUGAACUCAGCUCACUCCCACUGGGCUUGACAGCACUGGACACUCGGCCUCUGCAGUCCUCUGCACUGCUGGAUAGUAGCAGCAGCAGCAGCAGCAGCAGUAGCAGCAGCAGCAGUUCAUCUGGACCCAACCCUUCUACCUCCUUUGAGCCCAUCAAAGCAGACCCCACAGGUGUUCUGGAUCUCCCCAAAGAGCUGUCAGAAAUCUUCGACCCCACGAGAGAGUGCAUGAGCUCCGAGCUACUGGAAGAACUGAUGUCUUCAGAAGUGUUUGCCCCCCUCCUCCGACUUUCUCCACCUCCCGGAGACCACGAUUACAUCUACAACCUGGACGAGAGCGAAGGUGUCUGUGAUCUCUUUGAUGUUCCUGUUCUCAAACUCUGACUGACAGGGACAUGUCCUGUGCAGCUGCAACCCAGACUAUCUGGGCCAGGAGCCAACGAGGGACUGCCCCCCACCCCCACCCUAACCCCAAGAGCCCAACUCUUGGCUUACUCAGCCUUUUCUGGUCGCUCAGUUCUGGCUGUGCUCUCCUGUCUUGCACUGGCACUUGAAACUGUGCUAGCGUAGCUGGGCAGAGCACUUAGCCCUCUCUAGCCAAAUGNUUGCCUUUUCUCUCUUGGAGCCUUCCCCAGCCAGGCUCAGCUGCCCCUUCAGUGGCCCCUCUGCCCUGUUCCUACCAGUCACUACGAAGGAAGUUCAGAGAGAGGGUGGCGCUGUGCUCACUCUUCUUAUCCCACCUGCUCACCCUGCAGCCUCUCAGAGGCUCCCCGAGAGUCCUGGGAUCUCUGGGCAGUCAUGGUGGAGGGGGUUAAUAAGGAAUUGCUGUGUCUAGCUAGGAGUCUGGGUGGGUUGGUACCUAAGAAUGGCUCCAGCUCCUGCCCACCCACCCCCAUCUCCCUUCCCUUCCACUUAUUCACUUACCCUCAUUUAGAGCCAUUGCAGAGAUUUAGAAAGAUUUACAGUAACGAAUGAAUUCCUAUAUAAAGAUUAUUUUUAUACUUUUUUCAACAAAAGGAAAUUGUAAUAUUUGUACAGCAUUCAAGUGAAUAAAGACAUGCCUAAGGCUA